AGGACAGGUGGGAUCUCCGGUCUGACGGGCUGCUGUUGUUAAUACAAAGAGAAGAGUCCGAGAAACACCCGUAACACGGGGAAACAGACACGGACACCGCACUGUCAUUUAAACUAUGUCUGCUAAAGUAAGAUAACCAGUCUGGCGGCUUUUGUGCGAAACAUGACCGAGAAAUUGAACAGAAACUGCGCAGUCAUAGUUUAAUGGGAGCGGUGACUUGAGCAGAUAUGGCCGCCGACGACAAGGUUGCCAUCCUGACGGAGGACGAGGAGGAGCAGAAGAGGAGGUAUGUGCUGGCCGAGCCGUUCAACACCCUGUCCCUGGACCAGCGCCCCGGCGGGCCGGCGCCGCCCGCCCCGGUGCCGGCGGCCCAGCAGCCGGCGGCCCUGCAGCCCGCCGCCGUCGACUGCUGCGAGAGGAUGUGCCUCCGCAUCAACAGCCACCUGCUCAUCUCCAAAGUCUUCUACUUCUUCUUCUACGCGGCGUACGGCUCGCUGCACCCGCUGCUGGCGCUGUACUACAAGCAGCUGGGCAUGUCGGCCAGCCGCAGCGGGCUGCUGGUGGGGAUCCGCUACUUCAUCGAGUUUUGCAGCGCCCCCUUCUGGGGCAUCGUGGCCGACCGCUUCCGGAAGGGGAAGGCCGUGCUGCUGUUCUCCGUCCUCUGCUGGCUACUCUUCAACUCCGGCAUCGGCUUCGUCAAGCCCGCCGAGAUGACGUGUGAGGUGGUGGGCGCUUCCACCACAACAACGACGGCCCGGCCCCUGGGGAACGUCACCCAGCAGAGCAACUCCACCAACCGCUCCAGGGGCCGCCGGAGCUCCCCGGAGCCGCCCGAGCUUCCCAGAGUCCCGCUCUUCUCCGUCAGCGCCAACGCCACGUCGCCCUCCCCCAACUCCUCCACCAGGCUCAGGCCGAACUCCACGGCACAGACCGGCAGCGCCGCCACCCCCUCGCCGGCUCCCACCCCCGCCAAGGAGCACCAGAUCGUCCACAACCAGGACCAGGUGGAGAAGAUCUUCCUGCUCAUCCUGCUGGUCAUCAUCGUGGGAGAGUUCUUCAGCGCGCCCGCCGCCACCAUCGUGGACACCGUCACGCUGCAGUACCUGGGAAAGGCCCGCGACCGCUACGGCCUGCAGAGGAUGUGGGGCUCGCUGGGCUGGGGGCUGGCCAUGCUGCUGGUGGGCAUCUGGAUCGACCACACGCACAUCCGCGCCCCGGUCCAGGGCGACGGCUGCGUCCUGCCCGACUUCCACAACUACCAGAUCGCCUUCAUCGUCUUCGGCGUGCUGAUGGGCGUGGCCUUCAUCGUGGCCACGCAGUUUUACUUCGAGAAGGGCGGAGACUACCAGCAGGAGCUGGAGGGGUCGGAGGGGUCGGUGGGCCCUCCAGGCCCUCCGGCGCCGCCCUCGGACCAGACUCCCGCCAGCGCCGACCCCGGCCCCGGCCAGGACUUCCACUACGGCGACCUGCUGCGGCUGCUGUGCACGCUGCGCUACAGCUCCGUGCUCUUCGUGGCCUGGUUCAUGGGCUUCGGCUACGGCUUCGUUUUCAGCUUCCUGUACUGGCACCUGCAGGACCUGAAGGGGACGCCCACGCUGUUCGGGGUCUGCUCCGUCGUCAGCCACGUCUCCGAGCUCGCCGCCUAUUUCACCAGCCACAAGUUCAUCGAGCUGGUGGGACACGUCAGAGUGCUGUACAUCGGCCUGGCCUGCAACACCGCCCGUUACCUGUACAUCUCCUACCUGGAGAACGCCUGGGUCGUCCUCCCCAUGGAGGUCCUUCAAGGCGUCACCCACGCCUCGGUCUGGGCCGCCUGCAUCUCCUUCCUGAGUGCGGCCGUGCCGCCGGCGCUGCGGACAUCGGCGCAGGGAAUCCUGCAGGGCCUGCACCUGGGGCUGGGCCGCGGCUGCGGGGCCAUGGUGGGGGGAGUGUUCGUCAGCUACUUCGGCGCGGCAGCAACGUUCAGGGGAAUCGGCAUGGCCUCCCUCGUCAUCCUCCUCAUCUUCUCCUUCAUCCAGUGUCUGAGUGGACACAGUGAAGACAAAGAGGACGGGAUCCUGGCGGAGAACAUCCCGGUUCCCUCCAGCCCGGUUCCCAUUGCCACCAUCGACCUGGUGCAGAGCCACAGCGCCGCCGGCCCGGCCCCGGCCCCGGCCGUGCUACCCGUCAGGAAGACCAAGCACCAGGAGGACCAGGAGGACGUAACCAAGCCGGCGUGGGUUCUGUCCGGCGCCCCCUGGGUCAGCCUGGCCUUUGCGGUGGUGCAGAUCCGGGAGCUGAUGGCCAUGAAGAAGAGAGGCGGGCCGCCGGCAGAGAACCAGCCCCUGCAGGUGACCGAUGAGCGGGCACCGGCGGAGUACAACUCGGUGGCGCAGCGUUGCCCAGGCCGAAGCGACGGCCGAAGCGACGACCGAAGUGACGACCGGCGGGCGUCUCCUACGGAAACAGAGCCAGGCACCGCCCAGCUCGCCGCCACGGGCUCGGACGGAGACCCCCCCUCCUGAGACGGGGGAGGGGCUCCAGAGCUGACCACGCCCCCCUGGAGACCAGGACACACCUGAACCGGAGUCAGUGUUGAAGCAGCUGCACCACUUAAACUCGUAUUUAUACUUUACUGUAAUUAAUGUCUAUGUGAAAUAAUCAGACGUAUCAGCUAACGAGGUCUUGAGGAUUAAAUUAUUCCGGUUUAGUUUUAGUGGAGCUCCGACCUGAGGUGGACGAGGCCCUGGAGGUGAGCGAAUGCAGCUCUGACCUCAACGGGGUCCAGAUACGUCCCUCCACUUGAUUAGCCUGAGAUGUGUUGAUUUGACCCAACAGAGACGGUUAAAUCCACAGCACUUAUUUGAGUAAACGAAGUGUCUUUCUUGUUAAAAAACUAUAUUUUUUGAGGCUUUUCUAAAUUGUUCAGCUGAGUUUUAACUCGCAGGCUCCCCGCAGUUUUUACUUUUUACGACUAAAACUGAUGUGGAUCCGUGAAGUUCCCGAACUUUACCCUUGAACAUUCCUGGAUACCCCGCCGCUGCAGAGACGCCGCCCCGGCUCAGGUUUAUUCAGCAGGUUGAUGCUGUUACUACUUUAACAUCCUGAAACAGCAGCCGUGGCCGGGCCGUCGUCCCGCUCCAGCCGUGGUUGAGAGCCAGGAGGAGCUUUGACAGAAAAGACUCAAAGACUUGAAACGAGGGAACGGGACUCUGUUUUGUGUUCUUGAAGACUUUGGAGGCGUCCAUCGGGAAGGUGUCGUCAGGUUUCUGAGAUAAGUGAAUGGUUGAAGGCGCCGGGUGCGUGUUGAUGGUGAAACCCGAGUCUCUCUGUACUCUGUUUAAUGUUGGUUGUUCACAUUUCCCCCUCCAGUUGUCUUUUCUGUCCAAAAUAAGUUUAUUGUCCUCCAAAGGGGGUCCCUGAUAUCUUUUGAGGAUAAUAAGUUAGUUUCAAGCCUUUUAGAGCAUCAGCUGUCCAGAAGUCAAGUUGGUUCUGCGGUGAGACAACUGUUAAAGCUGGACCAACAAGUAAGACCGGGGUCUAAAAACACAGGGCACGAAAGCCGUAUUUAAAGGUAGGGUAAGUGAUUUCUGGGUGGCAUCUCUCCUGUGGAAAACAUGCCACACCAUGAACUUUGCUCCGCAUCCCCUCCCACCUCCCACUGUCUGUGAUUGGCUGGUUUUGGGGGGCGUGGUCUCAUCUGUUACCUGGGUUUCCUGUGGUUUGCUCCUGAGCUCAGCAGCUAGUUGACUGAAUGUGAGGAAAAAUGUUCUGGGCUAGAAAUCCAAAAAAAAUCACUUACCCUGCCUUUAAAGACAACACAGAAAAGACAGAAGUGUCUCCGAUGUCUCUGCUCGGACGUCCAACAACAAAGUUUAACCCGGAGACAUGAUGACCGUCGCCAUGGCAACCCUAGGGGCUCAGCCUGGAACAACGUUGUGUUUUAUAACAGAAUCAUGGUGAUUUAGCAAAUUCAGCUGAAAUAUAACGGUGGGAGGCAGAUUACAACAAAGACAAGCGGAUCGUCUUUGUCCAAACAGAAAUGGUGAGGAGAACUUCCCUUAAAAGUUCAUAUUUUGUGUAAGUUGGGGGGUUUGAUGGUGGUUUUCUAUCAAAAUGACCUUUUUAUAUUCAUGAUGAAGUGAUGAAGUUCGCUGCAGAAUAACAGCUCAGAGGAUCACAUGAUCAACCUAAAGAUGUCACAUCUCCCGGCCCUUUGUUUCAGAUCCAGCACUUCUCAAGAGCGGAGGAUGAUCUACUGACGGAGGCUGCGUUUCUUUCUGCACGUCUGGAUGUGGAGACGAGACAAAGAAGUGCCUCUUUAAGCUCUUAAGCUCCAAGUUGUGAGCAGCAAAGACCCUUUACUGCACCUCCCUCCUACGGAGAUGUGCUGUCUGCAACGCAGCCUCCCGCCAGUGGUUACACACACACACACACACACACACACACACACACACACACACACACACACACACACACACACACACACACACACACGGAGCCUCGUCUUUGAUUUUCAUGCCAAAUAAUUCCAACGUUCAGUGUUUUUAUGUCGUCUGACGAUGAACUGUUUAUUGUCUUGCUGUGCAGACGAUUAAAAGACAUUUGAGAAAAAAA